AUGGCUUUGUGUAUUCGUUUAUUGGUAGUAGGUGUAACAUCUUUUGUGAUCUGGACCACACAGCUCGUAGAAGCUUUUCCUAACUCCUGUAUCAGCAUGCCGAAUCUACCUCUCCAUGGAAAAUUGAAAAUCACCGGAUCAUUUAUAAUGAGAAUAACAUGUUUGAACCGAAACACUGACCUCCCCGUGAACACUCUGGGCGAUGGCGGAGUUUUGAUUUGUGACCCGAAAGAGCAAGCAUUAACGGAGCUGCCAGAAGAAUAUAGCCCUGAUUGUUUGGAAUACAGGAAACCCUCUCUAGUCUACAUGCCUGUUAGGCUUACGUAUACAACCGAUGAAUGUGGUGAGGCGUACGCCAGCAAUGUUCUAAUGAACUUCGCACAACUUCAAAACACAAACUUGAGGCUUUGUGGGACGCUCGUCUCCUGCAAUUACACAUUUCCUAAAGUAGAAUGUACGCGCAAUUAUAAUUUCAUACAGAAAGGUGGGGCUAACCAACUGGAUGCAUCUUUUAAAAUAUAUGCAAAAUACGAAGAGAAAAUCUCUACUGAUAUUUAUCUUCAAAUUCUCCAGCAAAUACGAAAUAUUAGUUUUGCUAUAGACCAAGGAAUUGGCGGGACUGAAAAGCUGUGGGGUGUUCAAGGUUUGCAACUAGUGCACGUAGAUGUAGCUGCUUGGACAGCAUCAUGCGAUAUGCAUAAUUAUACAACAGGAACUAACCUUGCUAUUCAUGGAAUCGCGUCCUGUAGAGGAUGCCCUGAAGACACUGUGUAUGUCGAAGGGACGAUAUGUGAGUCUUGCCCUUAUAACCACUUUACUUAUGGACCUUUCGCUACUGUCUGUGCCGUGUGCCCAGUAGAGGGCGCGUGGGGCUCAGAGAAGGCGAGGUGGAUUAGACGUUGUUAUAAACGCGUUUAG